CCUAUUACAUGUAAUCCAAAAUUGUUUUUACUAAAAUAUGUGUACUUACGAAGUACUUAAGUACAGCUUGUGAGUACUUUUGCCACCGCUGUUCAUUUCCUCACUUGAGUUCAUUGAAAGUUCUUCAGUGUAGCAUCUUUGGUUCAUGGGCCGCGGUCCGCCCUUCCCUUUUGCUCCAUGUGACUGGUCGCUACGGGUGUCAAUCAUGGGGAGGGGUACACCGCUAAUUUCUAAAUGCCUGCUGUGUCAAUUUGGGUUUCAGUUUGCUUCCCCGUGUCGAGGCUGUCAGCAGGCUGCAGGCAGUAGCGGGUUCGAGGGGAGCUUUCGGAUUCCCGCACGUGUUUCAUCACAUGAGCUUCUAGGGGAGGGGGUGGGGGGGGCGUAAGUUUUACGUUGCAGUCGUUGAACCCUCAUUUGAAUCGAGGUGCCACUCAAGUGUGGCGGCGAGGGAAGACGCAGGACUUCACAGCAACUUUUACUUUUAGUUUUCGCCGUGGCUGCUUCAUCAUUUGACAAGCUUGACAACGCGAGAUUAUUUUUGGUUCACUUUUUCUUUUUUCUUUUUUUUUUUGCAAGAUGUUGCUGAAGAGGUCCGUUUUGAUGUUGACUGCGUUCUGUUUGGUUCGGGUGCUCGAGGCUGACGAGUGCACGCCGUGCCAUCUCCGGAAAUGCCACGCCAAGGCGACACAAGGCUGCGACGGUGGUCGGACCAUGGCCAAGGAUCCUUGCGGGUGCUGCGAGCACUGUGCCCGCUUGGAGUGGGAGCCGUGCGGGGGGCCGGACUGGAACCUCGGCUACUGUUCCCUGGGGCUGACAUGCGCCUCCGUCAACUCGACUGGAGCUGCCCUCAUCCCUGAAAUUGGGGUCUGUAAAAUGCUUCCGGAUUAUCCGGAGGCCGGCCUGGAAGACGAGCGAUGCCCACUGAUGACGGGCUGCGACAGAGAAGGAGAUCAGUGCGUUUGUGACGCCAGACACACCUGCCUGGGAUUUUUCACCUUCCCAGACCAGGAGACUUGCAUGAAGGCCCAUUCAGGGAAUCGGAACCAAGAGUCCCGGGAAAGGCACAGGCAGAAGUAUGUGGGACCGUCCAACCCGGCCUGCAUGUUCUCUGGAUGUAACCUGACCGCUGGCGGCUGCACGUGCGAGUCUCAGAGCUGCAGCCACCACUUUGCCUACAUCAACCGCAGCCAGUGCCAGGAAGCCGCAGAUGAACUCAGGUGCGCGAGCGUUACCUGUCCUGCCCUCCAGGCGUCGUCAUGCCCAAAAGGCUCAGUCUUGACCAAGAGCUACACACCUCCUGCUGGUUGCUGCCCCUCCAUUUCACCCCAGUGCACCUGCGACUUUGGGGCCUGCCGCCGACCCAACUGCCCGAGCGGGCAGCGUGCUGUGCCACUCAGCAAGGCCAGUGGUCAGCCUGGAGACUGCUGCGAUGUCUUUGAGUGCCAGAAAGUGUCCCCUAAGUGUGUGCACAACGGAAAGGAGUUCUCCGAUGGUGAAGUGUACCGAAUGGACCCUUGCUGGCUGUGCCAGUGCCGGGGAGGAAUCUCCUUCUGCUCCAAGGCGGAGUGCGCUGAGCUCGACUGUGAGAACUUCUACAUUCCAGAGGGAGAAUGCUGUCCUGUCUGCUUAGAUGUGGAGCUCCUCUCAGUAGACAGCACAAAGGCCAGCUGCUGGGUGAACAACAAGCUGCGAGCCCACGAGGAGCAGUGGAAAGAGGACGACUGCACCUUCUGCCAGUGUGUGGAUGGCGAGCCGCACUGCACGGCCAUGGCCUGCAAGCAAAGCUGCCAGAAUCCCGUCAAGAUCCCCGGCGAGUGCUGCCCCUUCUGCGAAGAACCUUCCUAUGAAACGGUCAGCCCCAUGCUGUGCCCUCCUCUGGAAAACUGCACCCUUUCCGAGAACGACUGUCCUCAUGGCUUCUAUCAAGACGUCAAUGGAUGUCUGCUCUGCCAGUGUCUUAAUAAUGACUCCUGCCCCGACCUGGGAAAAUAUUGUUCCCUGCAAUGCCCCACGGGAUACGAGAGGGACGUCUUUGGCUGCGAGGUGUGCGAGUGCAGCGUCCCUGUGCCCAGGUGCCGACCUUUGACCUGCGCCAAGACCUGCCUCUAUGGAUUUGUUCGCAACAAGCACGGCUGUGAGAUGUGCCGCUGUAUCAGGUGCCCCCCCUUCACCUGCGACAAACACUGCAGCGAUGGCUACAGGAAGAACAAGAAGGGCUGCUCGAUCUGCAUGUGCAAAGAUACUGCCCGUUCCCCGAGCACCACCGCCCCCAUCCCAGUUCCCGGCUUUUGCUUUACCUCGAAUGGCAACCGCUAUGAGGAAGGCGAAAGCUGGCAUGAUGGUUGCCGUGACUGCUACUGUCAUUCCGGACGAGAGAUGUGCGUGCUCAUAACCUGUCCUGUGCCCAGCUGCUCUCAUCCAGUCAUGAAGCCUGACCAGUGUUGUCCUACGUGUGAGGACGAAUCAGGUAGUGGCCUGCCGGAGGGGAUGGACAUGGUGGUGUGCAGAGCCCCUGGUGGGGAAUUUUACGUGGAAGGGGAGACCUGGGACCUGGAUGAGUGUAUACGUUGCACCUGCAGACAGGGGCGUGUCCUAUGCGACACUGAAGUUUGUCCCCCGGCUCUGUGCCAGACACCAACCAAGAACCAGGACACCUGUUGUCAUGUGUGUCUAGAGGAGACACAGAGUCCGCUACUGCCAGUGAACACCAGCCAGCAGGAGUACUGCAUCACCAACGAUGGUGACGUGCUUCUAGCAGGAGACUCUUGGAAGACCAACGCUUGCACCAGCUGCAUCUGCAACAACGGCACCAUUCAGUGUUUCUCUCAGCGUUGCCCACCUGCCAACUGCAGGGUGCCCGUCUUGCGCAAGGGCCAGUGCUGCCCGUACUGUCUUGAAAUGACGACAUCUGCGCCAGUGUUGUUGUCCACCGUCGCCCCCAAAACGAGGCUCACCACUAGUGUGCGGCGGGCUGGCGGGAACGCCGAUGUCACCGAACCGCCCAUUGUUGCAGACACAGAUGAGCCAGUUUUGGGUGAAAAUUACCCCAACCAAACACAGAUGGCCCUCAUCUACCAGUCAGCCGCCUGGAUACUGGCAGGUCUCCUCUUGGCCAUCAUCAUCUUCCUAAUUGUUGCUGUGCUUAUCAACAAGAAGAAGAAGUGGGUGCAGAUGUCCUGCUACAGUGCUCCAAAGAAGACUGUGAUCCUGAAGCAUGUGAACAAGAACCAGGUGGUAUAUAUGGAGCCCUCCAAGGAGAACAAGUUUCAGAACGUGAGGAACGACUGCGGGAUCCAUUUCUCCCCCGAGACGAGUUCUCCUUGUUCGGACAAGAUGAGCAUCCCAAGAGCCAAGCUGGCGAACAACUGGGCGGUGCGUUAACAUCAGCCUUCAGCAGAUCGCAACUGUCCGCCACAUCACACCCUCUCGUACUGCUGUCAUCUAUGGUGACUUAUGCGUACACACACACACACAUGCACACAUACACACACCAUGGAUGCAACCUGCUACUUGCGCUUCACUCUAUGUGAGUGGAAAACAAGAGGACACCCCACGUUGGUUAAAGCAAGAAUUUCAUGUGAACUUUCUAGUGUGUAUGAACCUUCUCUGGCAUGGACAGACGUCACUCACGUGAGCCGCUGGGAGAAGACACACAAGUCACUCGGCUUUACUGCACAAUCGCUGAGGCUUCUCGGUCAGACUAACUUAGAACGUUGUAACUCUUGUCACCUGAUUUCGCCUCCUUGUGGACUAGUACAAAGGGGGGGGGGGGGGGGGAUGUUCCCGGAUUGGGGGGGGGGGGGGGGGCAGGAGGGGGAUCUUAAGAGGUUUACAGCAGUGCUUCAUGGAUGUUGUCAGUACAAUUAGCAGGGAGGCCAAAAGAACUGGUAAUCCAUUUGGAUCCACCAAAUUGUUACAGUCCGACAGGCUUUAUAGACAUCCUGCGUUAGAGAAUGUGUGGUUUGUUUAGUUUGUGUAUAUUGCAGCAGUACUGUAUUCAUGUUGUUCUAGUCCAACUUUUUUUUUUUGGACAUCUUCUUAGGGCCAAAUGUAUGCUGGUUGAAACAUUCCCACCAUGUGCUCAAAUCUUAAAAAAAAAAAAAAAUCAGCCCAAAGAAAUCCCUCUGGAAUCUUUCAUGAAAGAACGUGAGCUAACGGUUUUUCCACACGACUUACGGUGAAUUAUGCAGCGGCCUGGUUUUCAUAUUUCAUCCUAUCUGGAAGCUGAAUAAGUCCAUCUCAGAAGAAUGUUAUAAGCGAAAGAGGAGACAAAAUUGUUGUCGUUUCAGGGCUCCAGACUGCCCCUAAAUGGUGUCUUUUUGCUCCGAAAUUAUGAGACAGUGCAAGUAAAACAUUUUCAUCUCCCGUGCGACCACUAAUUUUUUGUUGUUGUUUUGUUUUGUUUCUGACAAACUGCUCCACGAUUUGAAUGUUGCCAACGACUCCUUUUAAAGCAUUCAUGCUACAGCCUUAAAGGUUUGUUUAUAAACUGUUUAAAUGUAACUGCUUAACAAACCACAAAAAAAACCCCAGUCCAAAUCACUCCUGAUUCAUGUCAUUGAUGUCACUUUUGGUUGUUUUCUUUUACGUUUCAGAAACGUGAAGAGGCAACAUAAGGUUUGUGAAAGGAAGCCUGGAAAAAAAACUGGUUGAGCAUUAUUUGGAUGGUAUGCCGAUUUGUAUAAAGGAAAAAGAAGAGUGUUUCUAGUUGCCAAGGACGUAUUUGUUACUCACGCAGUAGCAUAAUUGUAAUUGUCACGGGAGACGGAGCAAAACAAAAAUAAUUCAAACUAGACCGUAAUACAAGAGCCACAAAAAAAAACGUUUCUGUGAUGAGAAAAAAAGCCCAUUUGAUUAUAAUGUAAUACGACUAAAAUAUAUUUUUGUCAGAAAAAAAAAUAUUGCGAGAAUGUUAAUGUUUCAAUUGUUUAAAAUUUCCGAAACAUACGUGUAAGAUGCUCGGCUUUUCUCUGCUUUUUUUUCUCCUUUUCGGUGAGGCAUUAGCAUUCCGCAAAACAGCUUGUUAUUUAACAUGAGCGCGUAAAACGUUUUUAUGGGGGGGAAAAAAUGCAGCACUUUCCGACUCGGUUGUUUUUUUUCUUUUUUUCUGUUGUUUUUCCUUGAAACUGCAGGAUUCUUGGAGGAGGAUAAACACGCUAAUCGGGGAUUUGAUGGCCUCAUUAAAGCACUCCAGUAAACACAAAUUGUUCGAGCUGGUGGCCAUGUGCUACACCAAUCGGAUCAAAAUAGAAUUCCGUUUCAGUCCUCACUCAAACCAAUGCCAACCUGUUUGUCCAAAACAAAUGUGAUUGUGAUGCCAAAAUUGGUCGUUCGGUUGAUAUUGGGGUGUUCUCGUGACUCGGAUUUCUUUGAUUCAUGAUCAUGUGCUUUAAAAUGUGUGAAAGAUUCCUUGUCCUUUGUUCUACCUUGUGUAAAAAGCUAGUCGAGAUUAGCUAAGCAGAAGAGUACCUUAUUUAUUUUUUCACAUAGCCUUAUUUAUUAAUACUAUAGUUUGAGUUUUUCUUUUCUUUUUUUUUGUUGAAUGAACUUUGGUCGCCAAAGCUGCUGUACAUUUUAGAGCAUUUACACCAAUCUGCUAUAUUCAGUAUCAUCGCCUUAUUUAUUUCUCUGUUCCAAGCCCUGUAAAUAAGUGAAACUGUAACAUUUACUCUUUUUUUUUUUUUUGGAGAAAUAAACGUGUGAAACGUA